GUUCCUCUUUUUGCGGAAGCAAGUUUUUCUACCUCCUUCUCGUCUACAGAAGUGUCUGUUCUCUCUCUCUCUCUCCGUCACUCUGUCGGUAGCGUUCGCGUCGACUGGCCAGAGUCCGCGAGCUGUUCUCUCCAUUCAUCUCUCCUUCCGUAUCAUCCCUCAGGGAACUACAGGAGCCUCUCGCUCAUCUCACUUUCUGGUUCUGCAUUGUCCCGAUUGGCUAUGGCUUACCACAGCUUCCUGCUCGAGCCAAUCAGCUGCCACUCCUGGAACAAGGACCGGACCCAGAUUGCUCUGUGUCCCAACAACCAUGAUGUCCACAUCUAUAAGAAGGAUGGGACCAAGUGGACCAAGAUACAUGAACUGAAGGAGCACAACGGACAGGUCACAGGUAUAGACUGGGCUCCAGACAGUAACCGUAUCGUGACCUGUGGGACGGAUCGUAACGCGUACGUCUGGUCUCUGAAAGGGGAGGUCUGGAAGCCCACGCUGGUCAUCCUCCGUAUCAACCGGGCUGCUCGCUGUGUCAGCUGGUCUCCCAGGGAGAACAAGUUUGCUGUGGGCAGCGGAUCACGCCUCAUAUCCAUCUGCUACUUCGAACAGGAGAAUGACUGGUGGGUCUGUAAGCACAUCAAGAAGCCGAUCCGUUCCACCGUCCUCAGUCUGGACUGGCAUCCUAACAACGUGCUGCUGGCGGCUGGAUCCUGUGACUUCAAAUGCAGGGUGUUCUCAGCCUACAUCAAGGAGGUGGAGGAGAAGCCCGGCCCCACAGUCUGGGGGUCCAAGAUGCCCUUUGGGGAGGUGCUGUUUGAGUCUGGGCUCCCUGGGGGGGCUGGAGAGGGGGCAGGAGGGGGAUGGGUCCACGGGGUCUGUUUCUCCCACAGCGGGAACCGCCUGGCCUGGACGUCACAUGACUCUACUGUGGCGGUCGCAGAGGGAGGCAAGACCAGCACGAUCAGCAGUCUGAGCUCUGAGACCCUUCCUCUGCUGUGUGUCAGCUUUAUCACUGAAAACAGCCUGGUGGCCGCUGGCCAUGACUGCUACCCGGUGCUGUUUGUAUAUGACGGUGCUGCGGGCUCAGUAACGUUCGGCGGGAAGCUGGACGUUCCCAAGCAGACGUCUCAGAGAGGGAUCAGCGCCAGGGAACGCUUCCAGAACCUGGACCGCCGAGCGACCUCGUCCGAGACCACCGAGCAGGGACUGGAGAGUCUGCACAAGAACAGCAUCAGUCAGAUCUCUGUGCUGGAGGGAGGAAAGAGUAAGUGUUCCAAGUUCUGUACCACUGGGAUGGACGGAGGGAUGGUCACAUGGGACGUCAAGAGUCUGGAGUCUGCCAUGAAGGAUCUCAAGAUAGUCUGAUACUAUGGCCCUCUGUCGACCAGCCGACCAGCCGACCAGCCGACCAGCCGACCAGCCGGGAUAUGAAGACAUCUCACCUCUUUGCCUUUCUGCUUCUCUGCUGCUGGAGACAUCUGCUUCUUUGUCUAGUAGUGCACUAGGUAGACCAGGACCUAUAGGACUCUGGUCAAAAGUAGUGCACUAGGUAGACCAGGACCUAUAGGACUCUGGUCAAAAGUAGUGCACUAGGUAGACCAGGACCUAUAGGACUCUGGUCAAAAGUAGUGCACUAGGUAGACCAGGACCUAUAGGACUCUGGUCAAAAGUAGUGCACUAGGUAGACCAGGACCUAUAGGACUCUGGUCAAAAGUAGUGCACUAGGUAGACCAGGACCUAUAGGACUCUGGUCAAAAGUAGUGCACUAGGUAGACCAGGACCCAUAGGACUCUGGUCAAAAGUAGUGCACUAGGUAGACCAGGACCCAUAGGACUCUGGUCAAAAGUAGUGCACUAGGUAGACCAGGACCCAUAGGACUCUGGUCAAAAGUAGUGCACUAGGUAGACCAGGACCCAUAGGACUCUGGCCAAAAGUAGUGCACUAGGUAGACCAGGACCCAUAGGACUCUGGUCAAAAGUAGUGCACUAGGUAGACCAGGACCCAUAGGACUCUGGUCAAAAGUAGUGCACUAGGUAGACCAGGACCCAUAGGACUCUGGUCAAAAGUAGUGCACUAGGUAGACCAGGACCCAUAGGACUCUGGUCAAAAGUAGUGCACUAGGUAGACCAGGACCUAUAGGACUCUGGUCAAAAGUAGUGCACUAGGUAGACCAGGACCUAUAGGACUCUGGUCAAAAGUAGUGCACUAGGUAGACCAGGACCCAUAGGACUUUGGUCAAAAGUAGUGCACUAGGUAGACCAGGACCCAUAGGACUCUGGUCAAAAGUAGUGCACUAGGUAGACCAGGACCCAUAGGACUCUGGUCAAAAGUAGUGCACUAGGUAGACCAGGACCCAUAGGACUCUGGUCAAAAGUAGUGCACUAGGUAAACCAGGACCCAUAGGACUCUGGUCAAAAGUAGUGCACUAGGUAGACCAGGACCUAUAGGACUCUGGUCAAAAGUAGUGCACUAGGUAGACCAGGACCCAUAGGACUCUGGUCAAAAGUAGUGCACUAGGUAGACCAGGACCCAUAGGACUCUGGUCAAAAGUAGUGCACUAGGUAGACCAGGACCCAUAGGACUCUACCAGGGUAUAGGAGACCAUUUGGGACACAUCUUAGUUUUUUAUUCUAUCUUCUUUGUUCUAGAAUCCAGGAAAUGCUUGUGAGCGAUGUUCUUCUGUUCCGUCAGGUGUUCUUCUGUUCCAUCAGGUGUUCUGUGCUGAUAGUUGUACCUGGACAUACAUGCUGUGCUCUAAUAUACGGGACGAUUCUGGAAUUAGUUGACAUGGGUUUUGUUUUGGUGUUCACACAUGUAUGUUUUGGAUUUACAGCACAGGACCAAGAAAAGAAAUACAUCUAAACUGAGAUUUUUCACUUCAAUUUUUUUCAAAAUAAAUAGAAUGGACUAACCCUUACAAAAAAUAGAUGACAGUUUUUGACAGUGCAGUAAGUGCAGUCGACUGUGGUAUUUUGGACGUAGUAAUUUCAGAAUAACUGCAGUUAGACCGCAAUCUUUUUUUGUAACGGAAAUGAUUUAGAGUUCGAAUUACUUUUGAUUGGAGGCAGGUGAUUAGUUUACUGAUGUAUUAUAUCUGUGGUAAGUUGCAGGUGAUUAGUUUACUGUGUGAUGUAUUAUGUCUGUGGUAAGUUGCAGGUGCCUACAGGGUUAAAACAAAAUGCCAUUCAACCAGUUUUGAAAAGAGGAAACAGGACAUUCUGCUCCAAUGAACUCCGUUAUCAAGUGCCGAUAUAUUAGAGCGCAACUGUAGCUAUAGGACUUAUUAUAACAGGACGCCUCAGAGGAACGCUACAGCAGGUAUUUAUAUAAUCAUAAAGAAAGCCACGCAGCAGUACCUGUUAAAUGCUUAUGCUGGUCAUAAUGUGCAUUUAAUAAAUGAUUUACUAUCAUA